AUGGAGACUGAGGAGACCGAAGGGAUCGCAGUCCUCCUUCCGGCCUCGCCGGCCAUCGAGGCAAUGCGAACACCUCCCAAUGAGACCGAAAGACCAUUAACCCCUCUUCCUACAUUCCCUAUCAUCGAACCGAAUUCAUUUUCUCAGCCUAGCCUAGGCCUCUUGGGAGAAUUAGGUCAGAUCGAGAAACCAGUCGCACAACUUGUUGAGCCGCACGGCCAGCAGUUCCACAGUCCCGUGAUGAGAGAAGCCUUGAAAGCGCUCAUCGACAACUCUAUCUCGGUUGUGGAGUAUGGGAACCAGGUUCUUUACAGAUACGGAUAUGGAGAAGUUCUGAUUCUUGUGGAGUGGGUUGUGCCUGAUGAACAAUUGUUGUUUGCCUCACAGGUGCUGCUCGAGAACAACUAUGCUCGCCUUCUUAUCCCAGUCCAAAAGUGGCCUGGAUACUCUGCAUACCCUGGACCCUGGGAAACCCAAACUUUGAUGCACGACCUUGAUGGCCAGGGCUGGACGCGUGCACAUCUUCUCCCUCUAUCAUUGGUUGGGUUCACCCUUGAGGAAACUGUUGAGGUGCCCUCGACAUUUGCCCAUGAGCUCAACCUUCUCACCCCUAAGCCUUCUCAUUACAUAUCGUCCUUGAUACGUCAUCUUCUACAACUCUCCAUUGGUGACAGUAACAGAGCUCGGGUUGAAAAGAACCUUGGGGGUUUUAUUUCUGCUUAUGUUCUCAAGGACGGACCGGGUAAUACGAUCAUAUGCACCUAUCUCAAAGACCCGGAGAGCGACGAGGACUACCAGAAAAGAGUUGAAGAAGGAGUCCGGUUUAUGAAGACAUGGGACUGGGGUAAGAUUGAGAAAAGAUAUCUAGCCAUAGCUGAACGUGCGGUCCGAGAUUGCCGCUACAUCGACACGCUAACGGACGUCCAUGAAGAGCAAGACACGCAUUGA